AUGCGUGAAAACUGACGCACGCGCAUUGGGGAGUGUGGCCUUUGUGGCGGCGCGGGUCGGGCAUUGGGAAUAUUCCCGUGCUCUCGGUAAAGUGGAACAUUUAAAAUAUGCGGAGCGUUUCGCGUUUAGUCUUUUAUAAAAUCGGAGAGACUGGAUUUUGUCUGAUUUCUACCAUAAUGGAGACUAUACUGAAAGAACAACUGAUCUUUGCUGCACAGAAGACCUUAAGAAUAGGACAAAAGAAGAAUUUUUCUGCAUCACGUUGCUUGGGUCUCUUUGCUGAGAUCCUAGCUGUAGAUUCGGAAUUGAAGCCUGCUUUCCUGUUUGAUUACAGUCUAGCAAAAUCUGAACAGGUCCAGAACUACAUCCAGGAGAUACAGAAGAUUGGGCUUUUUUCUCAGGAUUUACAUAUCCUCAGCAUGGAAGAAAACGUACUGAUAAUAAACUUAAACAAAACCAUAAGACAUUUGGAAAGAACAUUGCAAGAAAAUAGGGUUCCAAUCAUUGAUGUUUCUGCACAUAGGUCCAGCCCAAGCCUAGCUGAGACAUGCGUUAGUAAACAAGUGAAGGCCCAGUUGGAUCUACUUUUGAAGCAUCUGAAAUCCCAAGUAGUUCAAAAGGGAAGAUGUGAAUUAGGUGUUGUUAGUGCAAGUAAAAUUUUCUCUUCAGAGUGGAAUCUAUGUACAAUGUUUGGAUUUCUCCUUGGGUUCCCAGCUGCAUACUGGUUUGAUUUUAGCACAUCUUUUGAGAAUUGUUUGAGCAUGACUGAGCUUCGGGUUUUCUCUGUCUCUGCUUUUUGUCACCAAAUCACUAAAAACCUCAAGCAUCAAAUGUAUUCGUUCAGUAUUCCAGAAAUCCUUUACUUGGAGUUACAGAGCAUUGUAGCAUGUUGGAACAGAGAUCUUCAGUCAGACUUUAUCAAGCAGUCCAAUUUCUCUGAACUCAAUAUUUCCACAGAGAUCACCUGUCAGCCUGCAAUUACACUUUAAAUAUUGAGCAAAUGGAAUAUUGUCAUUUGCUAAUUAAUUCUAAGAAGCCAAAUACUGAGGAUGCUGGAAAUGAUGAAGUAAGAACAGAAAAUGCUGGAGGCAUUCAGCAGGUUAAACAGUAUCUGUGAAAUUCUGACAAAACAUUAUAAGACCUCUCUGGGAAUGCUGCCUGACCUGUUUAGUAUUUACUUCCACUUAAUGGCAAUUCAUUUUCUUGAAAGUGCAACAUUGCUUUGUGUUAGUCACAAAGCCUGCAUAAAUGCAAUGAUAGCUCAUGAAAUCAAAGUCUGUGAAACUUAUCAAUGUCCAAAGUCAAUUAAUAUAAUUACGAAAUUCAGCAAUAAAUAUUGUACCAGUUGAUUUGCUUUUUCAAUUGUACUCGACCUGUGCAACAAAGCAUAUAGUCUGCUUGAUAACUAGUAAAUGGAACAAAUAUUUGUGUUUUCAUAUUUGGCAAGCACUAGUACUGUUCAAAUUAUAUUUAUUGUUACUACAUUCUUGGUAUGUUGAUAGAAAAUACAUAUGAAGCAAAGCAUUUGUAUUACAUUUCUUACAGAUUGUCCAUUCAGAUGAGAAAUGAACGGGUACCUUUCUUAUGUCAUGUUUUUGAAUCUUCAUGAUUCAGCCUCUGCUGAAGUGAUUGAAGUGCAUGCUAAAUGCUGAUCAUUCUGUGGAUGAAACAAUUCUUAACAUAGUCCUCAAACAGCCUUGUUCCAUUUUCAGUCAAUGUCCCAUUAUUCUGAGGUGGUUGUCUAGAGUUUAUUGAGUUCUAGUUCCAUCUAUUGGCUCUUCCAAGGUUCCUUGAGAAGUUGGUGUACUUUCUUGAGCUCCUAAAUCUUUGAAGAGGUUCUCUGGAUUUGUCUUUUUUUAACAUCAGUAUUAACCCAUGUAUUUCUAUAGACAUAUUUCAACUACUUUCUUUUAAGAUUUCCAGCAGUUCAUGCAUUGAAAAGUAAAGAAGAGGCCAGUUCAGAAAUUCGUGGACUGUGCCACGUUACCAGAUGUUUUCUUUACUUGUUGUAACACAACAAUUGCAAUAGCAUCCACUGUUGCUUCCAAUUCCACUUACAUUGUUAUUGCAACUUGCCCAUUGAAAAGCCACUGAUGAAUUGGUAUUUCUCUGGUUCGCUGCCUGAAAGCAGGUCCUUUUCAGAAAAUACAUAUGAACUAUUUCUUGAACUGUAGCAAAAUGCUGUAUUUUGUUUUAUUGUAUGGGUGAAUGAUAGGUCCAGAGUAUACCUUAACCACAGCAAGAUUCAAAAGCCCAUCAGUUGGUGUUAAGUUGCUCCACACAUGAACUGAGCUAUAGGAAACCAGUGAUAUACCAGUCAGUAUCCCAAUACAACUUGAAUUAUUUUGUGUCAUGUCACCUCCAAAAUCAGCUUUUGUCUCAGAGUUACCAAUGAUGGCAUUAUGUACUGUACCUUAUACUGCAGUGGACAGGUAAAUCAAAAUAAAACACACACAUUUAUA